AUGAAUAGUGAGCAAUCAGCCCUGGGAGAGAGUCACACACCCCCUAGAGGGGGUGAUGUGGCAGUUCCACACAUUUUAUACGGCUUCCAAGGCUGUGUUCCAUUUUAUACGAGCCUGAGCGGCGACUUCCUCAACGCCGUCAGGAGAUUACUUUCUGUAAAAAAAGGGGGCCGUUUGCCCUUCGAUCUGAUCCGCUUCAAUCGAAAUGGCGAGGUCGAGACAACUGUUUCGCAGGUCGUCCGUCCUGAGACCGAAGAUGUUCCUGGAGAUGCAGAGAUUCCAGGAGAGGCAGAGACGUACAUUGAUGAACACAUCAAGUCCCAUGGAGAUUGUGAAUGUCGCUUCUUCGUGAAAUUACAGCGAGACGAACAGCCGUCUACCUUUGAGCCCGGGCCAGAGAAUUCAUCUGUAGUGAAGAUUUCGACGGCAGAUGGUCACGCCCGAGGAGCAACUUGCUACCUCACAGAAGACAACAGCCCUGAUAGCAGAAUUUUGAGGGAAAGAAACAUGGAGGAUUUCCACGUGUAUAUGCGUACCGCAUUGGAAGUCCUCCACCAGAAUCCCGGAACAGACAUCAAUCUGGAUAGAUGUGCGAUUACCAUCUCGACACAGCUUCAACACCCUUUCGAAGGAAUGGGGAUCGCUCCAUGUACUGCCGAAGAUCUCAGCAGGUUAGCUCAAGGGUCUCAAUCAAAUAUUUUAUUCACAGCGACUCAUGUCAGAGACGGAAAUGUUCUAUUUGUCCCCGGCUACUACCCGGAUCAGAUGGAUACGACGCCCAUUAGUCUUAUUGACUUGGUAGGGUCGAUGAGACAGAGGCUGCGACGUGUAUUUGGAGACUCUGAAGCAGGGAUGAUCGAGAGCAUUCAGUACUUUACCGUAGACCAGUUCCUGAACCCUGGACAGAUUGCAGACGGAGAGGUUAGAGACCAAAGGAUUCCGAUGGACUCUGAAGAUGAGGAGCCGACUCAGCUGCUGAGAGACAUCGUGGAUUCGGGCCGGAACCAUGUGAUCGUGCUUCUUCCUGUCUGGAAGAAGGUAACGCCUGAACAGUCUGAGACGGGGAACGACCUUGUGGCCGGAGUCAGACUGCCUGAGAUCUUCACAACAGUCAGCGAGAUGUGGCAAUGGGCCAAAUCCAUUUUUCCCGACGCCUUUGAAAAGUCCCCGUCGAACAUGUAUCUCUGGAUUGAGCCAUCCAGCGACGACAAAGAUGGAUCACAGGGACCCAUUCGCGGGUCCUACUACGUUGGCACCCACACCACCGAUGUAGAGUGGUUUAAGAUCCGUGCGAGGGUGGCCACGAGGCUCGCGCGUGUAUGGCUGGUGAAUGAGAGUCAAGCCGAUUGGCUUGGACCCAAGAUCUCAAAGCAAACUUGGGGCCCGCGGUACGGAUCUAUCAUCCCGAUUCUCGCAUCUCGAAAUGGGAGGAGGCUCGGGAAUUCUGUCUCUCCGGAGAAUAGAGCCCGUGGGGUCCAGUGCGGCACCUGCAUGAGUACUCUGAAGUGCAUCAACUGCAACCGUAACAGCGAAGAGGCUGAGGAGGAGGCUGAGGGGGAUGUUGGGCCGCUGUUAUCGACAGACAUUGAUUUUUACACAACUCGGGAGCAGCAUAGUCUGGUUGAAACCCUAAAGAAAGCGAGACCAGUCGUAUUCCAUGGUGGCGUGCCGUGUCCUCGUCAAGAAGAAUGCCAUGAUCAGACUCUCUACAACAGUUUACGGGUGCUAGUAGACCACAUCCUCGAUGGCCACACAAACGGGGUGCUACCACCCAUAAGCAAUAUUUUGCAAGCUGUCCCAAGCAUAACGCAGAAUCUUCCUGACCCUUCCCCUGCUCCCGUGGAAAAGAAUCAAGAAUUGGCGCCGCCAGUUGCGCAACCAUCCUCUCCUCAAUCGCAGUUGCAGCAAAACCAGCCACCCCCUCAACACUCGUCUCCUCGAGUCGAGUCCAACCCAAAUCCUACAGCACAAGCACCGCGGGCCUAUGGCCUCUAUUCCCGUGACCGGACUGAGCAGGUCGGAGAGCAGGCCGAGCAAAGGACUCGGUAUGGGGACCCUCGGCUAACGGCCGUCCAGGAGCAGUUGCAGGAGCAGCCCCAGUCUCAGAUAACCGAUGAUGACAGAGAAGCCGCACUGGUAUUAGCUGCUAUGAGCGAGGCUCAGCCCCUCGCUAGAACGGCAGCUGAAGAGCGUCAACCAACUCCUCCCAGCGAAGAGGAGAUCCAGUCGGAAGGACAAGGGGACUCUCCAGAGGACGCUGCAGGACCCAGCGAACCCACGACUCUCACGGAUCCCCCAUUCACGCCCGAUCCAGGCGACAAGUGCUCCAUGUGUUUGCGAAGUUUGCCUAACCCACAUAAAAAAACCCCAAAAGAUGAACCUUCCUUCGAGAGUCAGUGGAAGGUAAGUUUACCCACGUUUGACAAUGCAGGGAAAUAUAUUUCCCCUACGUGAGAUCCACGCUAAUGUGAUGACUGUGUCUAGGCGCACGUAAAUCCUGAACGCAACUGCAGGAUCCCUAACAAGCGGGGAAGCCAUGAGAACCUUCCCAACCGGAGUGGAUGGAUCGGAAAACGUUCAAGAGGUGCAAGAGAUGCGGUACGCGACGCCAGAGAGGACUACCGUAACAAAAACAAAGACUUGUUCGGUCACAAGUUCUAUCCAUUCGAUGGCAAGCAACCAUAUAGCUCUUUCUGGAAACACGACCCCAACAACGAUGACAACAGUGAGAGUUGGAACAAGCCCUGGCCACCUGCAAUCGAAAAAAGGCUCAGGGAGGAUGCGGCGCGGGAAGCUGAGGCUCAAACAGAGGCACCAGGACCGUCCCGAGCAGCGGCAAGUGGUCGUCCCACAGCAGCUCGCAGACGGAAGAGACAAGAGCCCUCGGACAAUGCCGAGUACCGGACUGAGAGUGAGUCGGACUCGGAUGAUGACAUAGAGCCAGACGUGGACGACACUCGUCAACCAAAGCGGAGGCGUGUAGGUGACAGCACCUACAGACCACUCUCAGAGGUUGAGGUCGACGAGGCCGACGAGGUCGCUGACAGCGCGGCCGCCCCUCGAGGAAAUGCCAGAGCUCGUGGCAGGACCCGAGCUCAAGCUAGGGGCAGAGCCCAAGCCUCAAGAGCAAGAGCCGCAGCUGCUAGUGGUCGAGGUGCAAGAGGAAACAGAGUCACCAGUGCCGCCGCCGCCGGACCUGCUCCUCCUCCAGAGGGCCCCAGGAGGUCUGCUAGGCAACGCGCGCGGGCGAGACAGUAG